AUGAUCAUUUGGCAAGCUAUAAGGAAACAGUUUCACAAUCUUAGAAUGAGAGACUAGAUUUUUUUGGUGAAAAUUUGUGCUUUUUUAAUCAGUUUCAUAUUGAUUCUCUCAUUUUACAUUGUUUAAAAAAAUGUAAUAAUUGGAAUCUAUGAAAAUUCAUCUACUAUAGUUUUGUAACGUUAAGAUAAAAAAGCACUUAACCUCCUUCUCCCCUAACUAAAUUAUUAUCUCAUUUCAAAAUAAUAUCACAGGAUAUAGCUCUUAACAAGUUUAGGUUCUCUUUAUUCGUUAUUGGAUCAUUUUCAUAUAUCAGAAUAAUCUAAAGAUUCACUUAAAUGUGAGACUGAAAAAGAGAAGGACUUUUUAUUUUCAAUCCCACAACUUUGCUUAACUUGUUACCUUUGUAAGGAUGGAAAUUAAUUGCCACAAAUGUAAAAAUAUCAAGACCUAUAAAAAUUCUCCAGAUUACUAUCAGAAUAUAUUCUCUUAUUUGAUACUACCCAACAUAAUAGAAUCUUCUAUGUGGCAACUGGAGACAUUUAAGUUGGGUUUAUUUAUCCUUAAGUAAUUUACGAUUGGUCAUUCUCCCCUUAAUCAAAAAAUUGGUUUGUAAACCAUUUGGAUAAAUAUUAAUAGGAGAAAGAUUAAAAAUACUUUUUCUCAAAACUAUACUUUUCAGGCACUCAAUUUAUCUAUAAAUAAACUAUUUCUUAUUCUUUAGAAAAUUAAUAUACAAAAGCUCUAGAUGCUAUAGCAGGUACUGACUUUGAUGCUGAAGACCCUGAUAUGUAGUUAAUUUAAGCUAACACUUAUUUGUUAAAUUAAGAUGGUCAAAUAAUAUAUAGAAAGGUCAAUUUAAAUCUUCCAGUCACAGAAUUAAAUUUUAUAUACGAAGAAAAUAAAACAGGAUUCAAUUAAACCGAUUGGAAUGAAAUUUUCAAUUUUGCUAAUAAAAAUCCUAGCAUUUCAAAUUGUUAGCUGGAUGAAAAAUAAAUUUUAUGUAGAUACAAUUCCAUUUACAAAAAACCCAUUAAGAUAGUGGCUAAUUAAAUCCCUGGAAAUUUUACAUUAAUGAUGUUUACUAAUGCGAGCUUUGAGCACGUAUUACAAGAAAACUUCUUAGAGCUCGAACUUUUGGUUUAAUAGGCAAAUGAAAGAGCUUUUUAUAUCUAAAUAAUUAUAUCUUGCUCCUUAAUUUUCAUUUCGAUGAUUAUUGUUAUAUUCAUUUUUCGCCCUAUUCUCAGAGUAAUGACUACUGCCAAAAUAUAUAUUAAAAAAAUGGGGAAUAAUUUGGAUAAGGAAAUCUUCAAGUUAAUGAAUAAGAAAAAGAAGGGCAAUAGUGUUUUCAAUAACUUAGAACUUUAAAUAAUAAAUUUCAGUGAUAUCUUAACUAAAAAUUAAUAAUAAAAAGGAAUUAUUUGCAGGUAAAUCGAAAAAUAUUAAUACUCAAAAUAAAUGGAUUAAUCAACAAAAAUUGAAUUAUUAUGUGAGUGUACCAAAAUCUAAUUAACUAAUUAGAUAUCUAUUCCAACCAAACAUUUACAAUAAAUGAUUUCUCAAUUAAUAAAAUAAUUUAAUUAAUAUAAUCACCUGUCAAAAACAGUUGAACUGUCUAAAUGA